UUCUCAAAUAUUUCCACACAUUUGAUUUUGUGUUCUAUCUACAACUGAUGUUACUCAUUCUAGGACUCACAGAUAAUUUAUCAAUGGCUUUACAGAGAAAAGAUCAAGACAUUUUGAAUGCCAUUUCGUUGGUAAAAUCUACAAAGAGACAGUUACAACAACAAAGAGACGCUGGAUGGAAUUUGCUUUUAGAUAAUGUGUCUUCUUUCUGUGAGAAACACAAUAUUGAAAUAAUCAAUAUGGAGGAAGAUUAUGUGGGUUCAAGGAGGCUAAGGAAAAAACCCAGUAUAAGCAACUUGCAUCACUAUCAGAUAGAUUGUUUCUAUACUGUUAUGGAUUUCCAGCUUCGAGAAUUCAAUGAUCGAUUUGACGAGGUAAAUUCAGAACUGCUCAUCUGUAUGGCAGCUUUGAGUCCUAUUGACUCAUUUCGUGGGUUUAACAUGCCAAAUCUUGUGAAAUUGGCUGGAUUUUAUCCAGAUGACUUCAGUUUUUCGGAGCAAGUAUCUCUUCGACAUGAACUGAGUAUCUACUUCGACAAUCUGAUGGAAGAUGACAGAUUUUCUAAUUUGGUUAAUCUUGGAGAUCUUGCUCGUCUUAUGGUGGAAACAAAGAAACAUCUUUCAUAUCCAUUGGUAUACAGGCUUUUGAAAUUGGCAUUGAUUUUGCCUGUUGCUACCGCGACUGUUGAGAGAUGUUUUUCAUCGAUGAAUUUUGUGAAGACAGCUUUGCGCAACCGGAUUGGUGAUCAA